AUGCUACUAAAGCGCCUGCCCCUCCCAGCACACCUACAACCCCUCGUCCCGCUGCUCGCGCCAGCGUUUGCGGGCUUCGGCGCCGCCGGUGUGGACGACGCGUUGGCUGCGUUCGGGGUCGGCGUGCUGCAGCUCGCUGGGCCGCCGCGCGUGGGCAAGACGUUACUCGCGCUGCAUGCUGCGUUGCGGGUGCUCCUUGCCGAUGCGGAGGCCACGGCACACUGGCUCGACACGGAGGGCGCGUUCAACGCGUCUCGCGCGGCGGCCGUGCUCGCAGCCUACGGUGUCGAGGGCGAGGAAGCUGGCGCUGUGCUCGACCGCCUGACCGUCUCCCGCGUCUUCACGCCCGACGCGCUCUUCGACGUGCUGGGCGGCAUCGACGCACGCGCCAAGGUCCUCGUGCUGGACAACGCUGGGGCGCUGUUCCGCGACGGGCUGAUGGGGUCAAGUGCGGAGGGCCACGCGACCAUGGUGUCCGCGAUGGAGACCCUCGCGAGCCUGACUCACACCCGCGGCCUGCUCACGCUCGUCCUCAACGCCACGGCGUCCGCAUCUCCUACGAAUCCUGCCAGCGUGUUCACCGCCACGACGCUGAAGCCUGCCCUUGGAGCGAGCUUCCCGUUCACAUGCGACGUCGAGCUGCUAUUACAGGACUCGGCGCGCGUCUUCGGGCUCGCGGACGAGGGGGAGCGCGAGCGGGCCGGCAAGGCUGGUCUUCGGAUCGUCGUCGAGGUGGUCAAGAGCCGCGUUUCGACAUCGGGCGUGUGGGCGGUCGUGGAUACUGACGGAACCGCUCUCUUCGACGUCGUCCCCCCGCCACGCGACGACGAGACCACCGCUGCCAGAUCAGCGGGGUACAUCACCGGCCGCCCAGCAAUAGGCCCUCUAGCAGCCACGCUCGCAGGCGGCAGCAACAAGCCGAAUCAGCGCGCAAUCCUCCGCGCGCACCAGGUCGGGCUCGAGGCCGACGCCGCCGCUGCACGAGGGAGAGGGACGGCCAAUGCGGGGCCCCGAUGACGGCUGAAUCCGUAGUCGUCAAGCUGGGUGGCAAUGACGAAGCGGG